AUGUACCACCACCCUGCGGCGGCGUACUACGCGCACGCGCACGCCUCCAUGGUCGCGGGGGUGCCUUACAUGGCCGGCGAGUCUGUCUCGGCGGCAGGGAAAGGGAAGAGGGUGGGGAAGACACGAUGUGUCCCUUCUGGCGAGAUCAAUUUCAGCUCCGGGAGCGGCGAUGCCGGGAGCCAGGGGUCAUUGGAGAAGGGAGAUACGGGCGCCAAUCAGAAGGGCUCAUCAUCAUCCGCGAAGAGGAGGAAGUCCGGCGCUGCAAAUACAGAAGAUGGGUUAUCAGUUAUCACAAACCAUAAUUCCUGGAUACAAGGUGAAUCUCAGGCUGCCACAGUGCAGAAUGCUGUAACCGAGCCGCCAUUGGAAGACAAGGAGAGGUCUACAUCCAAACUGUUGGUUUUGGCACCUGGGAGGGCGGCACUCACCAGUGCUGCACCGAACUUGAAUAUUGGGAUGGAUCCCUUGAGCGCUUCUCCAUCCUCCAUAGUACAGGGGGAGGUGAAUGCCGCAGCUUCUUCCCAGAGUAACGCUUCACUGUCUCAGAUGCAAGAAUGCGAAGAGCUAGCCCAGAAGGUAAGUGAGCUGACCGCAGCGAACGGCACGCUUAGAUCAGAACUCGGCCAGCUUAAGGACUGCAAAACCAUGGAAACAGAAAAUAAACAGCUGAUGCAGUCAGAGGGCCCUAGCGUUGUGACUACCCUGAGCAUCCAGGUCGAAGCGCCCGAGCCGCAUCCAGAUCGAAGCCCGAGACUCCCUGUAGUAGAGCACCUGCUGCCUCAAACUUCAGAGAAGAUGUGCACGAAUGGCUGUUUGGUCGCAGGUUACUCCAAGAAGAAGUAG